AUGUCACUCUUACUCUCUGCCACUCCUUACAUUAUUUUCAUUACUAUAUGCCCUGCUACCUGUAUGCUAUUCAUGCUCCAGUUCGUCUCUGGACCAUCUAACCAAUCUACCUCGCUCAAGACAGCAAAGUUCUACGCUACACUGUUAUUCGGUGGAUUUAUCACCCUCGCCGGUGUCUUUGGGAUAGUUGCAGAAGCAGUCACAGGGGGGGCCUAUCGCUGGUUGACUUCCGCAGCGUUUGCCAUGCGGGCGUUAGGGUUACUCAUUGCGCAACUCGCUAUGGUCCAGUUGUUGACUCCUGACUAUCUCUUGGCCAUACUAUCAGUCGAUACCCCAACUAUCACGCUUCCAACUUGGCGCAUAUAUGCAGUUAUAUUGGCGAUUUUAAUUGCCUCUGUUUCAUCCCUUAUCUCGGUGUUUGUCGUACCUCAGGUCCCCAGCUUGAUAUCAUCAGCUCCGACUCUCGUUUCUCUCUCUCUGCCUACUCCACUUCUAUUUUCGCUUAUGCGCGCGGUCAAGUCCUCUCGGUCUAAUACGGAAAACAAACGCUCUGCACCAACUAUGUUAUUUAACAAACCCUCCAAGUGUGUCGAGCUCGGACUCCCCACUCCUGUGGGCGAGGUUGUUGAAGGGGCGUUUGGACGCCGAGUACCUGUCGUCUGGUUGCUUAGCUCUAUGGGUCUCGUUAUCUGGGGCGGAGGGGUCAUGGCUACUCAUUUUAUCAUUAUAUACGAGCCAACACGCAAGUUUGUAAUGGCGCCUUCUGCAGACUCAACCGUUGAGUCCUCUUGGAACCUAGGACGUGUGUCCAACCAACCAUCCGAGGACUUCAUGACUCUCAAAGAUCCGUUCGCCUCUCCAACUCAAGCUGGCUUUCCUUUAUCUACAUCGCCACUUCGCACCGUAGCUCCUCGAAGACCCAGGCGUCGUGCCUCCGAACCUCUACAACUGAGGCGGUUUGGUUCAUUUGCAGUUCUCGCAGAAGACGUCAAGGAAAAGCAAGCUGGAUCCGAAGAAGAUCAAGAUACGUCAUUUUUAGAAGAUCUUGUCCGGCAUGCAUGGUUCAGUACCGGACGCACAGACUGCGACUCCAUACGCAACAAUUUCCAUGAAUACGACAGGCCACCAUCUACCCCAGUACAUGCAGAGGACGGUGCUUUGGUCACUACCCCCACUACCACCAAUAGUAGCUCGACUGUUGCUACGAGAAAGGAGUCUCAGGACCUUCGGAGACUGCAUCUCCACUUGUAUUAG